AUGCGGACCGCCUUACCGACUCGCCCCAUGGGGUCACAAGAGUCACAGAACCUUUCGCCCAACGACGCAGCGUAUGCCUCCUCAGCUGGGUCGCGUAGCCCAGGUACCGACAGCUUCACGACAUCUGGACGGGACAUCGCAACAUCACUAAGUCCGUCACCAGCACCAUUCAGUACUCUAACCGAAGAGAAGAGCCCAAACUCCAAAUCAAAUAUAGGCUCCUCCACGGGUCAGGGUGGCCAAGUCUGCAGCAACUGUAAUACAACUCGAACACCGUUGUGGAGACGGUCUCCUCAAGGAGCAACUAUCUGCAAUGCUUGUGGCUUAUACUUGAAGGCACGCAAUUCACAACGGCCGACUAAUCUCAAACGGCCACCUACGGUAGUCACCGCAUCAACGACGUCGAGGAAAUCGCCAGAGCAGGCGUCACCAAAGCCUUGCGGCCAAACUAACGGUGCGACAUAUGUGGCAGCGGAUCAAACUCCGACAGGAUCCUGUCCUGGCGGUGGUCGGUGUAAUGGAACAGGAGGCGCUGUAGGUUGCAGUGGCUGCCCGGCCUAUAACAACCGCGUCGCAAAGAGCGCACAGCUCACCGGUCUCCAAAAUCAAGAGGCGUCAAAUCGCGGGAGUGAUCUGGGCGAUGGCCCAGAACCCAUCGACGUGGCUGCCCAUGAAUCACAAAGCUCGAAUACCACUGUUGUUAUCGCCUGUCAGAACUGCGGCACAACGGUGACACCUUUAUGGCGCCGCGAUGAGAGCGGCCACACGAUUUGCAAUGCUUGUGGUCUAUACUACAAACUACAUGGCGUUCAUCGGCCAGUUACUAUGAAGAAGGCCAUUAUCAAGAGAAGGAAACGCGUGAUCCCUGUCUCUCUAGGCGGCGCAGAAGAGGGCACACCUAUGGAGUCGGUCGAAGUGGCCAGCCAGUAUUCUAGCUCUGAAGAAAGAGGCAGCACAAAUGCAGAUGGGUCCGUGAACCUCGGCUUUCGUCGAAAGCAGGAGCACCCGAUGGGUCUUCUCCCCGAGCCAGUUCGACAGGGUCAAAGUCUAACACCCAUGCCUCACUCGGACCUGGCCGCUUAUCAUACAACUUAUACACCGCAGUCGAUGGACAACAGAGAUUCGUUGACAGACAACAACCGCCUUGCGCCCCUAACUUCAAUCUCGAUGCUAGGUGACCGCCAAUCAUCGCUAUCGCCGGCCUCGUUCCUCUCGCCUUCCCGGAAGCGUUCUUUCUCUCCAGCUGACUCCGAACCCCCACAAGGCGAGCUGGGCCAGAACGCGAAACGCCUCUCGUCCAUCAAAUCGAUUUUGAACCCUACGGCCGCGUGCCACAGUCCGGUCUCGAACCCCAUGGAAGAUGCCGCCGAGUCAUUGAGGUUAUUGAGAUCGCCGGCGAGCACGAUGUAUUCCGCCCCAAGCCCUGGUGCCCUUUCUGUGGCGUCGACCCUGCCGCCCUUGAACGAUGGCGAGAGAUUCAAGGCAGAACGCCGGCUAGCCCUGCAGCAAGAAGCUGAGAGAAUGAGGGAGAUGCUGGCUGCCAAAGAGAGGGAACUCGCCGCUCUAGGUGAUUGA